AGUCCAAGCCUUUCUCUCUCAAGCCCCUCUCCCUUGUAUUCCCUUACCCCUUGCGAGAGAGAGAGAGAGAGAGAGAGAGAGAGAGGUGCUGAAGAGACAAGGCUGGAGGCCAGGGAGAGGAAGAAGGGGAGAGAGGACGUACGGGUGUGAAGGAAUCCUCGGCUUAAUCUGGAGCAGAAGAGGCCAUGGAGGAGGACUAGGUACUGUUCGUCAAUGAAACAUAUGGUUGUUUGUCUGCUCGAGCUGAUUGGAGGUUUUUCGGGUUAUGUUGAGUUGGAGCUGGGUAUCUUCAUUUCAAGGUAAUAUGUUUUGCAAGAACUGGUUUUAUUGGAACUCUGGAUUGCGAUUUCGGGGUUGAAUUUGCGGGGCUAGAUCGGCUGGGUUGCUGGCGGCAGAUUUGGGAUUGAGCUUUUGGUUUUGGGGUUUCCGAGUUUUUAUAGGAUGUGCGGACAUUAGGGGAGGUGGGGGAAUGCAGGGGUUUGAUCUGGGGGGAGUAGAGAAGGGAAUGAUUGAUUCUGAUGUUUGCUUCGACUGCUUUAUUCGACGUGUGGCUGGAAGAUCUAAUUUUAAUUAUUUUGCUUACCGCACGUUUGGUGGUUGAUUCUUGUUGUAUUCAUUUCGGGGUGAAUAUACGAUUAGUUUUGCUAUUAGGGGAUUUCUAAAAGUGGCGGGACAAGGUUAAAGGAGGGAGCUUUGAGAAGCUUCGGGUUCAUUGAUAGGGAUUAUAAAAGGGGAAAUUUGGGAAUCACGUGCUUUGGUAUCUUUGUUCUUUGUUCGUCUCCUCAGAUAUACGGAUUGAUUCUUGAAGGGAAAAUGAGUUUUUGGCACAGAUAGAGUUGGCGUCUUUUUUCAGUGCUUUGAUAGCUCAAUCUAGCUCUACUGUUUCUUUGCACACGUGGGUUACCGCCGUCUCUGUGAAAGAAUGGUGCCUUCAGGACCUCCGACUGGAGUUGGUGGUGCCCAACCCAUGCCUUCUUCUCUUCUGAGAACAAACUCUGGUUUGCUCGGAGGGCAGCCGGGCUCCAUUCCUACUCAGCAGCCUUUUUCUUCUCUGGUUUCCCAGAGGGCACAAUUUAAUGGCGUUGCCAAUGGUAAUGCCAUGGCAAUGUUUGGAGGCAUCUCCAACGUAUCUUCUCUUCUCAAUCAUUCAUUCGGAAAUGGAGUUCCCAGCUGUGCUGCUGGGAUUUCUGCCCAGCAAAUGAAUUCUCAGCAGCGAGGAGGCAUGGCCAACAGCUCUCUGGAUAUUGUCGGUUCUGCAGACCAUGACCCUCUCUCCUUUCCUUCACAAAGUGGUCCUUUACAGGGACAACAUUUGCAAAGCACUUCGGCAAACCAAAUGGUGCCUGAUCACUCUCAUCCUCAUUCUCAACCUCAACAACAUGAUUUGAUUCAGAACUUCUCUCAGCAGCUUUCGGUUCCUCACAGUCAGCAGAGAGCUGGGCUUGGAAAUGUUGGUGGUAUCCCCCAGGUUAAGCUGGAGCAGCAAAUUGGCGCUGGCUCUAGUGAUCAUAGUGUCUCCGGUCAGCCAUUGCAGACCAUGAGAGGUAUCAGUCCUGUUAAAAUAGAGCCUCAGCAGCUCCAGUCGGUGCAGAGUUUAGUUCCAGUGAAGUUGGAACAUCAGCACACAGAUUCUUCGAUGUUCUUACAGCAACAUCAACAACAACAUUCACCGCAGCAACUGUUACAAAUGUCGAGGUCGACGCCUCAUGGCGCAAAUGCCGCCGCACAAAUGAACCUUUUGCAGCAGCAACGGAUAUUACAGAUCCAACAACAGCAACAGCUUUUUAAGUCGCUUCCUCAACGAGCACAGCUGCAGCAGCAGCUGCAACACGGUCUUCCACUCAGACCUCAAAUGAAAACAACAACAUAUGAGCCUGGAAUGUCUGCAAGGCGUUUGACACAUUAUAUGUAUCGCCAACAAUGCAGGCCAAAAGAUAACAAUAUUGAAUUUUGGAGGAAGUUUGUUUCAGAUUUCUUUGCUCCGAAUGCUAAGAAGAGAUGGUGUGUUUCUCUUUAUGGAAGUGGUAGGCAGACUACUGGUGUUUUUCCACAGGAUGCGUGGCAUUGUGAAUUAUGCAAGCGUAAGCCUGGUCGCGGUUUUGAAGCGACUGUGGAGGUUUUACCAAGGCUAUUGCAAAUUAAAUAUGCCAGUGGUACUUUAGAGGAACUUCUUUAUGUCGACAUGCCUGGCGAGUCUCAUAAUUCAUCCGGUCAAAUUGUCCUAGAUUACGCUAAAGCUGUCCAGGAGAGUGUAUUUGAGCAAUUGCGUGUUGUGCGCGAUGGUCAAUUACGUAUUGUUUUCAAUUCAGAUCUAAAGAUUGCUUCAUGGGAGUUUUGCGCUAGAAGGCACGAGGAACUCAUUCCCCGAAGAUUGAUAAUACCCCAGGUUAGUCAUCUUGGCAAUGUUGUUCAGAAGUAUCAAACUGCUUCCCAAAAUGCAACUUCUAGUCUCUCUUUGCAAGAUCUCCAAAAUACGUGUAAUUCCUUUGUGGCUUCUGCUCGCCAGUUAGCUAAAGCGUUGGAGGUGCCGUUAGUUAAUGACCUGGGAUAUACAAAAAGAUAUGUACGUUGCCUUCAGAUUUCUGAAGUGGUAAAUAGUAUGAAGGAUCUGAUCGAUUACAGCAGGGAUACUGGUACUGGACCUAUGGAAAGCUUGAUCAACUUCCCCAAAAGGAAUUCUUCAAUCCUACAUUCUCAACAACCUCAGCCACAAAGCUCUCAACAAAACGCAGCUCAAAGUUCCAGCCAAAACGAUCAGAACUCUUUAAAUUUUCACGGAACAGCUCUGGUUUCCACUAAUAACAGCGCACCAACAGUUCAUAAUUCCCUUAAUACUCCAUCAAUUACUUCCACCUCUGGACCUUCUAUCAUCAGCCUUCUCCACCAGAAUUCAAUGAACUCCAGGCAAGAAAACAUGAUAAAUGCCUCUAAUAAUAACAUAUAUGGCAAUGGAAAUCCUGUCCAAAUCCCUUCAGCCAGCUCUUCCAACUCCAUGCCUCCAUGCCAACCCAAUCCCUCUUCUCCUUUCCCCCCAACUCCAACUUCCAACAACAAUAUGAUUCCCAACACUCCCAACAUGUCCGCAAUGGCGCAGCAGCCUAGUCAACCCCGCGAACCCGAUUUAACCGAGUCGCAGAACUCGGUGCAACAAAUAUUGCACGAAAUUCGUAUGUCUUCCCAGCUGAACGGUGCUGUUGGUGCCAUGGCAAAUGACAUGAAGAGGAUUAAUUCUGUUGCCACGAGUCUAAAUGGCGGCUACUGCUUAGUUGGUAACGGAAUUGCCGGCAGUCUCACCGGCAAUUCUGGCGUCGUCGGGUUUGGCGGUAUGGGCGGGAUUGGUUCGUCCAUUACUCCGAGCGGAAUGAAGGCAACCAUGACGAAUAACGCUUUGAACAUCGACAACAGAGUUGGAAUGAAUCAUUUGACUCAGCAGCAGCAGGAUAUGGAAAACCGGUUGCUUGGUGGACUUGGAUCUGUUAACAGUUUCAGUAACAUGCAGUUUGAUUGGAAACCAUCUCCAUGAGAAGUAAUUUGCUCUGUAAAUUGAUGAUUACUUUGUAUUCAUAAUCACCAGCAGAUAUAGUCCUGAUAUCAAAAUCUGGAACCAGCUUAACUUCAGGCCUUAAAACGUGGCGAAGAAGAUUAGUCUAUGUUGGUUUGCUAAUUUAUCAGAACGAGAAGGAGAUCUCUUCAUCUUCACAGCUCUCAGUGGUUGAAAAAUACAAGCUUUAUACUGCAUUGAAUCUUUCCUAUAGGAGGCUAAAUUAUAGCCGUUGGCUAUUUGGGGAGAGUUUGUUUAUAGAAGAGGGAAGUAGAAAGCUGCAUCUUCUGUUAACUGUGAUAUGGGCUUUAUUAUGACAGAAAAAGCAACCAAAAAAAAAAAAAAAGUUGGUCUGAUCAAUCUUCUAGGAUUUUGUAAACUAUAAUUCCUGACUAUAGUUUUGUUAUGAUUUGUAUUUAGCUGAAUAUGUGAAAGAAUUUAUAACAGGUGAGUGCGUCGAGUGUGGUU